AUGACGAUGAAAUCGCUGAAAUACAGCGAACGGGAGGACAUGAUGGACGGAUUCAGUCCGGUGCCUCCUCCGUUGCCUCGUCGUCAGCCAGUGAGAAACAUCUAUGCGGAACCCUUCGUAGAUCCGAGGAUUGCCGGAACCGGAAUGCCAAGCGGAAUGGGCGGAGGCACCCUCGGCGGUCACUGCCAGCUGGCGAACCAGCCGCUGGUCAUGCCAGUGUUCCCACUACGUGCUAGUCAACCCAGCCCCGUGCCAGUAUACUCGCCCUCCCGAUUUCACAUAGACAAACGCUGCCAGCAUAGAUGCACGUGGAAAUGCUUAGCUAUAGCUAUGAUAUGUCUAUGUGUUAUUCUAGCAGCGAUGCUGGCUUAUUUUAUCGCGUUAUCGUCAAUUAAAAGUAAUAUAGACAAUUCUAAUUGCAUCCUGGUGCAAGACGUGAAAGCAGUGACACACUCACAUGGCAUCAGGGACGCACUGUCAACAUCUUCGCCUUCAGAUGAAUCAAUAUCAACGUCAUCUUUGGGGUGGUCGACUACGGCAGAAGCAGCUGUGGAAUCAGCAGUGAUACCGCAGCAGGCACAGCAAGCAGCACCUCCGCCUUGGUCUCCUGCCUUAGAAGUUAGAGAAUUCGACCAACUGCACAGCGCUACCAUACCUGCCUACCAAUUUUGGAGUUCUGAAUUUCGGAAUAAACAACCAGCUUUUGUCAGCCUCAAUUUUACUGUACCAUGGGGCGCCAAUUUUGCCGUUUACGGACGACGAAAUGUUGCACCAAGUGUGACACAGUACGACUUUGUUGAAUUCAUACGUGGAGGUCGAGUCGAUCACAGGCUGAGACGGAGACGAAGCACUCUUUCGCGAGACAUAACUGACCAUAACUUCAACGACUGGGAAUCUUUAUUCGCUUCAUCUAGAUCGUAUCAAAAAUGGAACCAUACAAUUACUAGAAGAUCGACAGAUAUGCGGGUUAACGUCAGUAUAUUACAAUACCUCGACACCGGAAGAUGGUUCAUAUCGGUUUACAAUGAUGAACUCCAACCUCAUCGCGUGGAAAUGAUAGUAUCGGAAGCUGAAGGCGUAACGAACUCUUGUCCAGAUGACUGUUCAGGUCACGGUUCAUGCUACCUCGGUAAAUGCGAUUGUAUGGAUGGAUACGAGGGACACGAUUGUUCUAAAAGUGUAUGCCCCGUACUUUGUUCCGGUCACGGUGCUUAUGCGGGUGGUAUUUGUCAUUGCUCAGAAGGAUGGAAAGGAGCUGAAUGCGACGUGCCAGCCCACGAUUGUGAGCCGGCCGAUUGUUCCGGUAGGGGACAAUGUAUAGCAGGGCAGUGUCAUUGUAAGGCUGGAUGGAAAGGAGUAAAAUGCGAUGAAGAGGACUGUUUGGAUCCCACGUGCGGUGGACACGGCUCUUGUGUUCGCGGGCGUUGCGUUUGCCGAGCGGGUUGGCGUGGAGCAGCCUGCACGGAACGUGAUGCCAGGGUUCAAAGGUGUUUGCCUGCCUGCUCGCAGCGAGGAGUUUACGAUCUAGACGCUGGACGAUGUGUCUGUGAUCCACUAUACACAGGGGAUGACUGCUCUCAGGUGGUGUGUUCGUUGGAUUGUGGUCCGCACGGAGUUUGCGCGGAAGGUGUGUGCCGCUGUGACGACGGCUGGACAGGAUCGAUGUGUGACCAAAGACCUUGUGACACACGAUGUCACGAACACGGACAAUGCAAAAAUGGCACUUGCGUUUGUACACAGGGAUGGAAUGGAAGACAUUGCACGAUUCCUGGCUGCCCCAACGGAUGUUCUCGGCACGGACAAUGUCUGCUCGAAGAUGGUGUAUACCGUUGCUCCUGUGCUGACGGCUGGGCAGGAACCGACUGUUCCAUAGCCCUUGAACUCUCCUGCAGUGACAACGAAGACAACGACGAAGAUGGCAUGACGGACUGCUCGGAUUCCGAAUGCUGCAGUCGUCCGGAGUGUACUGAACACAUCAUGUGUUUGGCUUCGAACGAUCCCGUCGAAGUACUUCUUCGUAAGCAACCACCAUCAGUUACUGCAUCGUUCUAUCAGCGUGUUAAGUUUCUAAUUGAAGAGAACUCUGUCCAGAGCUACGCGCACAUGGAUGAAUAUUCUGAAAGCCGCGUGUCCGUGAUGCGGGGCCAAGUUGUGUCUCCGCAGGGCCUGGGGAUUAUCGGCAUCAGGGUCUCCGUGGAUAGAGAGGCGCGCUUCGGUUUCACCCUUACCAGACAGGGUGGAUGGUUCGACGUAUUGGUAAACGGUGGAGGAGCAGUGACACUGCAGUUCCAGAGAUCUCCGUUCAAGCCUCUUCGGAAGACAGUCUUCGUGCCCUGGAACCAGAUCGUGGUCUUGCCACCUGUGCAAAUGGAAUUAAGCGAUGAAAGCGUCAAAGUUCCCACGCCAAGAGCACCUUCACGCCUGGGUUGGUCGCCGAUGCCACAAUGGUGGGAAACAAGUGCUCCACCUUGUGGAGUACAUGAUCACGAAAGAUUGCGACCCGAAGUGGUGGCAAUGCCAGCAUUGGCAGCACCGGCAGCUUCUUCACCGACUACCACAACAGUUAUUUAUCCUGAAGCUCAGAUUGUCAGUGAAUCUAUCGGUAUACCGGGCUCGUCAGUAAAACUGACUUACCGUUCUUCCCAAGCUGCUGGCUACCUCUCAUGCGUCCAUAUACAAUUGACCCGAAAAGUAGUACCCGCUGCCUUGACUAGAGUUCAUGUGAGGGUAGAAAUAGAAGGAUCACUACAUACCCACACUUACGAAGCGGAUCCUGAUUUGACGCAUGUGUUUGCUUGGAAUAAAAGGAAUGUGUAUAAGCAAAAGGUAUAUGGCCAAGCGCAAGCGAAAAUAUCUAUCGGAUACGAAUACACAUCUUGCGCGUCUAUUGUAUGGGAAACACAGACUGCAACUCUAGCCGGCUUUGACGUAGACAUAUCAGAUAUAGGAGGCUGGGGUCUUGAUAUCCAUCAUCAUUAUAACUUCCACGAAGGCGUGUUGCAGAAGGGCGAUGGAGCUUUGCUACAUUUGAAACAAUAUCCUAGAACCGUACAAGUCGUGAUGGGUACAGGUCUGCAGAGAAGUCUAGAAUGCCCUGACCAUUGUAAUGGAAAAGCUGCUGACUCUAGACUACUCACUCCUACAGCAUUGACGUCAGGGCCAGAUGGAUCACUUUAUGUGGGAGAUUUUAACUUGGUUCGUCGUAUAACACCUGAGGGAGUUGUUACCACCGUUCUUAAAUUAGAAACAACACAGAUGGCAUACCAGUACUACAUUUGCAUAUCGCCAGCGGAUGGUUAUCUCUACAUAUCAGACUCGGAAAGACAUCAAGUUAGAAGGGUUAUAGUUCUGGAUAAAGUCAGGGAUCCAUCGACAAAUUCUGAACCAGUCGUUGGCAGUGGAGACAGAUGCGUUCCAGGAGAUGAAUCUAAUUGCGGUGAUGAAGGACCUGCUAUUAAAGCGAAGUUGGCCCACCCUAAAGGUCUUGCUAUAGCAGCAGAUAGAACGAUGUACAUCGCAGAUGGAACAAACAUUAGAGCUGUCGAUCCAAGUGGAAUAAUACAUACAUUAGUUGGGCAUCACGGGCACCAUAAUCAUUGGUCACCCGUACCAUGCCGUGGUGCCAUCGCCCCGUAUGAAGCGCAGCUGCAAUGGCCUACCGGUGUCACCUUAUCACCAUUAGAUGGCUCACUCUACUUUAUAGAUGAUCGUGUUAUUUUAAAACUUACCGUCGACAUGAAAAUUAAGGUAGUUGCCGGUCAACCAUCACAUUGCCGUCUUGGAAGCGAUGGGAAACCAGUUACAAAAUCAAACAAAACAAACACCGAGUUCAGGGAGGAUUCUAAUCUUGGAACUAUUUUGGCUAUCGCUUUUGCUCCUAGUGGAAUUUUGUAUGUAGCUGAAUCUGACUCUAAGAAAACGAAUACAAUCAAGACGAUCGACCCGUCCGGCAAAAUACUGCACUUUGCAGGAAAACUGCAAGAAAAUUUAAAGGAAUUGAGCUGUGAGUGCAAUUCAUCAUCAUCCGCUACAGUUAUACCUGCGAAUCCAAGAGAUGAAGGCGCAGGCUGUCCUUGUAGACUGAGCAUAGCAGCUGGUGAUGAACCUCCAACAAAUACAGAAACAUUGUUAUCAUCCAAUGCUAAGUUCCAGACCAUAUCCGCUCUUGCAGUUACGCCAGAUGGAGUUCUAAAUGUUGUGGAUCAAGGUUCACUGCAUAUAUUGGCAUUAAAACAUUACUUGCCAUCACAUGAUGAAAACGGUGAAUUCAGAAUACCUUAUCCUCCUACCUCUGAAAUUUACGUAUUCAACCGUUACGGACAACAUAUAACUACAAAGGAUCUAACAUCUGGCAAAACUAGAUAUUCGUUCCUUUACUCUAAAAAUACUAGUUUUGGAAAACUCUCCACUGUGACUGACGCAUCUGGAAAUAAAAUACAACUCUUACGUGACUACAGUAACAUUGUUAGUUCUAUAGAAAAUACACAGGAUCACAAACUUGAAUUGAAAAUAUCUGGUAUAGGAUAUCUGACAAGAAUUACUGAAAAGGGCUCUUCCGAAUUAGAAUUUGAUUACGAUGCGAACACGGGAUUACUCAACAGUCGAUCUGGGGCCGGGGAUACAGUUAUCUAUGAUUUCGACGAAUUAGGACGAGUGACAAAGAUAAUAAUGCCAUCAGGAGAACAAGUACACAUAGCAUCUGGAUUAGCUAAAAAUUAUGGACUCGCUGUCACCGUCUCUAACCCAGCCAGUACCAUACCAGUUGGAGUGGCCAAAAAAUGCGAAUACAUUCUACAUGGCCAGUCCUUCAAGCAAAUAACAAUCAAUAAUGGAAAACAAAUCACUGAAGGCAGGAUAUAUAGCAAUAACACUUUACUACUCGACACUCCGUGGUCUGGCAAAUUCGAAAGUAUAGCUGCAGCAAAGCACCCAUUACUUGAAGCUGCGUUGCCCAUUGAAGCAGAAAUGUUACGUAUGUGGUCUCACCAAACUACAACGUUUGGUGAUGGUCUUGUGAACAACAUGUACUCACUAUACAGUCUAGUAGGAGACGUUAGAAAUCCACAGCAAACUCUAAAUAGAGAGAUUUGGGUAAAUGACUCCCGAGUCCUAAUCAUUGAGUUCGAUCAAUUUAAGAGCCGGGAGACCUUCUUCAAUGCCGAUAGAAACCCACUAUUCACUAUCUCUUACGACGUCGCUGGUCUGCCAUUAUCUUUCACACCUCAUGGUGCAGGCAUACCGCUCAAUAUUUCAUAUGAUCGUUUCUAUAGAAUAAACGGUUGGAAGUGGGGUGUAACAGAAGAAUCUUAUAGUUAUGAUCCACACGGCAUGCUUUCAGAAAUAACUAGUCCCCAAGAUGGGACAAAAUUCAUUUACUACAACGAAGGUAAUCUCGUUUCGAAAAUAUCUCUAGCAAGCCAAAGAAGCUUUACUUAUAAAUACGAUAAAGACGGAGGCUUGACGCACGUAAUUUUGCCAUCGGGAACCAAUCAUUCCUUCAGUGUGCAGCCAUCUAUAGGAUUCUUAAGAGUCACGUAUACGCCACCCGGCUCAUCCAAAAAAUACCUACAACACUAUUCUCAUACGGGAGAGUUACUUCAAACGGUAUUUCCGGGAGACGGUGCUAGGAUUAUUUAUCGCUACUUCACUACGAAUAAAAUAUCAGAAGUAGUACAUGGAGACGGUCAGACACAGAUACAUUAUGCAGAAAACAGCGGAUUGCCCUCCGAAAUAUUACAUGUCGAUCGCGAGGUAGAUUAUCGAUGGGAGUCCACUUAUGUUGGUGGACUACUGGUUGAAGAACGAUUAGAUUACGGAGCGAAAACUGGCCUCAGCAAUGCAAAAAUAAUAUACGAAUACGACAAUAACUAUAGAACAAUAGCUGUACAGGGCCGGAUCGGUGGACAAACAUUAAUACCAUACCACAUUGUUUACAAUAGUAAAACUGGAGCGCCUGAACUACUAGGUCAGUUCACGGUAUCAAAACAAAAAUGGAACGAGACAUCGGUCUAUGAUGGUAUAGCCAUGUUUUCAAGGACUCUAAAUGAACAAUUCCUUGAACGCGAAAUAACUGUUAAUAUACAUAGAAUGGAGGUGUUUAGAAUGGAAUUUUUCUAUGAUAAGCAUGGCAGAAUAUCUCAAACGAGGACGCACACACGUAACGUAGGUGUGAACACAUACACAAAUGUUAAGAAUUACACUUGGGACUGUGAUGGUCAACUAACCGGUGUGGAAGCUCAGGAGCCGUGGGGCUUCAGAUAUGAUGAUAAUGGAAAUAUGUUAUCACUGACGUACCGGGGCAAUACGAUACCUAUGGAAUAUAACGAUAUGGAUCGAAUUAUCAAAUUCGGAGAAGGUCAAUAUCGGUACGACAGUAGGGGUCUCGUAUGGCAAAAUGCAAGGGAAGAGAAAUUCCAAUAUAACUCCAAAGGAUUACUUAUCAGAGCAACUAAACGAGGUAGAUUUGAUGUACGGUAUUACUACGAUCAUCUAGACAGAUUGUCGACAAGGAAAGACAAUUUUGGAAAUGUAACACAAUUCUUCUAUACUAACAAGGCCAAGCCUCAUGAAGUUAGUCAUAUUUAUUCGCCGAGGGAGAACAGAUUUAUAACUUUGGUUUACGAUGAUCGUGGCCAUAUCAUUUAUAUGCAGGUGGCUCGUCAUAAAUAUUAUAUAGCAACUGAUCAAUGUGGCACGCCAGUCAUGGUGUUCAAUCAAUACGGAGAAGGCAUUCGAGAAAUAAUGAGGUCACCAUAUGGUCAUAUUGUCUACGAUUCAAACCCGUACCUGUAUCUGCCAGUAGAUUACUGUGGAGGUCUUUUAGACCAAGUUACAUCAUUAGUUCAUAUGUCGAACGGAAAAGUGUAUGAUCCUUUGAUUGGGCAAUGGAUGUCUCCACUUUGGGAAAGUCUGAUCGAAAGAAUUCACGACCCAACAAAUUUGCAUCUCUACAGAUUUAAUGGAAACGAUCCUAUUAAUGUGAGACCGCAAAACAAGAAACCAACUGAUCACCUAUCGUGGCUUGAGCUUUUGGGAUACGAUACUAAGAGCCUGGCUCCGCAACUAUAUCCGGACGAGCUACCAGGUGGCUCUGUACUGCCCAGAAUUCCACGUGGUCGACCACUGUGGGGUAUGGCUCCCGACUCAAGUGGCCCAGGAUUACCAUACGCGACAUCCCUACUGCCUAGUGUCAUCAUUGAAUCUGGAUUCUUAUCUCAUAUGUCAAAUAAGAGAAUAGCUGACUUCAGGAGCCUAUCCAUACCAGCCAUGUCAGCUCUAAAGGCGGACGCACUCAACCUUACUCCUAAGAGAAUUGGUUCAGAUUCUGAGCCACCAUUCGGUAGAGGAAUCUUAGUUUCUAGGAACUCACGCGGCAGAGCUGUCGUCACGACUGUGCCUUCCGCUAACGCUAUAUACCGUGAUGUCUACACAUCAGUUUUCAAUCGAUCUCAUUUACUGCCCUUCUCUUUCAUCGUGCACGGGGACCAACAAGACGUAUUUUACUUCGUAAAGGAGGAAACGUGGCGAGCCGCCGAUGACAAGCAACAGUUGAAACGUAUGCAAGGAAAGCUGAAUGUCACGUUCCACGAAGUAGCUGAAGGCGGUCGGUCAUACGCAGAUGUUAAAAUACACGGUCAGACGAGUAUUGUAAACCUGCGAUACGGCACGAGCGCUGAAAGGGAGAAACAGAGACUGCUGCAUCACGCUAAAGCUUCGGCGAUUAGAAAAGCGUGGCACAGAGAGCGCGAGAUCCUUCGAGCCGGCAUGGGCGGCUCGUUGGAUUGGUCAGCCGCGGAGCUAGAGGAGAUCCAGAAAGCGGGUUCAGCCGCUGGCUACGAAGGAGAAUACGUUCAUGACGUGGCGCGAUACCCCGAGUUAGCCGAAGAUCCGUACAACAUACGGUUUGUCAAGCGGCGAUCGGAUCGCAGCGAGCGGCGGCGACGGAAGCGCGAGGACUGUAAAGCGCCCUGGUGGCUCGCCUGGGACGAUCUCUGCUAG